CUUUUUUAGAUCGUCCCUUUUCUUUCCCGCCCAAAGCAACCUUUUUCAUCUCGGCUAAAGAUUUUUGUUUCCCAUUUCGUGCCAACAAGUAGGCGAACAUAGCGACUGUUUCGAUCGUAUAUUCAACAUCAUCUUGGAGUAUCAAUUAAGAUUGACAAUUUUGAACUAGUGCAAAAGUAACAGAAGUAUCUAUACGCCAAGUGUACAACUAGUAGUCUUGUUGAUUGCCGCUGCCACGAAUCUUCUUCGAUUUGGUUGUACGAAAGAACACCAUGGUACUACUGCGUAUCUUUCCCUCUCUUGCUUUCUGAUCUACGUCGAUCAUUUUGUCUGAUCGAAUCGAAAGCAAGAAAAGAGAACAUCAGCAGGAGGUACUAUGGCGGUCGUCUGCCGGCUGGUCAAGCAGCCGUAUGCGCUUGACGCGCUGCUGCCUGACUUUCAGGUACGGGAUGGCGCGCCACCAGUCACCGUCGGCAGAACAGCAGAAAACACCCUUCAUGCAGAGGAUAAAACCAUUUCGAAGCAGCAUUGCAGCUUGGAGUUGCACUUUACAAGGUAGUUAUUUUGUACAAGUUUUUUCGUUAUGGUCAUGCUCAUGCCACACUGCUAAUGCAUCAAGUAGUCGCAUAAUUUUCAUGUUGUUCAUCUGAAUGAAAUUCAGAAUGUUUUGGAUAUCGCGUAUCACACAACGACAACACUAGUGUAGACCUCGAUAUCCACGUAGUACUAUCACAAAUCGCACCCAACAUCAUCACUACAGGUCUCCGUCCCAGAACAACGCUUUGAAGAAGCACCUGUUUGUGAAGGACAAUGCGACUUUCGGGACCUAUGUCAACGAGCACAAACUCGGCAAGGGCGCUCCCCUCUGCCUGGUUCCGCAGCACGGGAUGGUUGCCUUUCGCCGGCCGAAAUCCCAGGACGACGGCCACUAUUCCGGCGAUUACUGCGUGUUUUACGAACCCGGGAAUGUCCCCGUUGGGGAUGAACUCCUGUGCGACAGCAGCGGGAAUGUCCUACCCGUGGUCCCCAUUGUGGACGUGAACAACGCAAAUCAGAUCAACGAAAACUCCAAUCACGUCCCGAAAUACGCGACCCAGACGAUGAUCCAAAAUCUCCAAGCCUUCGGAAUCGCCUACCCACCACCGCCAACGCCCUUUGCAGGAGGUCCGGCUGCGGGUGGUCUUCAAGGGGGGGCGGCAGAAGGUGGCGCUGGUGCAGCUGCCCCAGGAGCCGCAGCGGGACAGGUAGCGGGUGGACAGGGACAGCAAGCCGCUGCAGGUUCAGCAGCCGCAGCACCAACGGCAGCGACUGUUGGCGGAAGUGCAACAAUGGCGCCGUACAGCAAUUUAAUGCCCGCGAGUGGAGAGGCGGGCAUGCCCAGCCCGAUUUUGAUCCCGGCAAGCAUGGCAGGUAUAAAAAUACGAUAGAUUCUUGGAAUGUUAAACUGGUUCUUGAAGUAGAAGUUGUAGAACUCUUUGUUCCAAUGCUCGUGAUGACUUCAUGAUUCGAUGUUUCGCAUCUAUACUGAGCAAUGCAAUUCUUUUUUCUUCCCUAAGGCACAUCAACUUCUUCGGACCCACUGAUAAGUAGCGGUCGAUGGCGCGGCUGGUUGGGAAGCUUUUCUGCCUCUGUUUGUUGAUGUGAAAGUGAGGGCGAAUCGUGUUGGUCCGCGAAAAAUGACAAUUUUAAUUUAGCGCGCAAAAAAUAAAAUCUGAUCGUGAUCCCCAUUCUACAGAUAAAUUUGUAUUCCAAAAAACGAAACAAGAAGUUUGUUGAGUCCUUUUUACGAAAUUCCUUAUUGCGGGCGGCACCACAAAAUUUGCCUUUUGCAACCAGCAUUUUUGUCCUUUCCAAUGUGUUGAAUACACCAUGCACUGUUGGUGGCGAAUGUGAAAGCAGCUGAUGGCAACCUGCGUGACUCUUGCGAGAAAACUGACUGAAACUAUGCUGCUCCUGAUUUUUCAUGCGAAUAAAGAGAUGAAGAUGAACACACUUCUGGUUUUGAGACAUUGCGUUGUCAUGGGGGAACAGGAACAGAACUUGAAAUGGAACAGGAUCGAUGCAAUGCCCGUGCUGAUUUGCUGCACUGUAUGAUGGAAGAAAGAAUGCUUAUGGACGUUUGGAAUCACACGCCUUUCUUGGAUGGACAAGAACGAACAUAUGCGCUUGACUUUUAUCAGACAGAGAGUUAUCAGCUCAUCGCAGCAUGAAGCCAGCAUCUACUUGCCCACAAAUUUUGACAACAGCGGAGCGGCGGACGGCGAAACAUGGGCAAGACAGCGGCGCUGCUCGCAAAUAUUAAGCAUCUACAUAAAUCUGAAGAGAUCCUCGUGAUCCGUUCCUUUUUCAAAAUAUAACUCGGAUCUUUCGCGUCGUGGGAUUAUUUUUGUUUCUUAACCUUACCAGAACGGCUGCUGAAGUGUGCGCCCGUUCAGGAGCUGUGUGGGGUGGUACACAAACCUCAAACGACCGCUCCUCGUCGGGAUUAUUCAAUACUUGGCGCAUUCUUGUCGUUUUGUGGCGACCCUGCGGCUACGGCUGCAGCACUUGAUGCGAAAUUGUCGUAAAGUUCAUCGGUCGCGUAGUGCUUCUGGCAAAAAUUUGUGUUUCGUCUCGCCUUCGGCUUCGCUCUCGGUCAAACUGAAAUCUGUUGUCGUGCUCUUUCGCGUCGUCGUCAUUCUAUAUUUGAUGGUGCAGUAAAUCUAAAUGCCUAUGUUACGAUGAUCUACAUCACGUGGUUAAAAAGAUCCGUAGACAUUUUGAAGUCGCUUGUUGGCCAGCAACACUCCCUCCUAUCUUCACCUCUCAUCAUUCACCCAAAACAAGGCAAGAAGUUUCACCAAUCGCAGCACCAGGAGCCGAAUAAACGACAGGGAGAAAUUGCAUUGAAAAAUAGACAUUUUUUUCCUCCAAAAAACCAACUGCAGGCCUGAUUGUCGGAAAGCGGGGAGAAACGAUUAACCGGAUAUGCAAUGAGACGGGCGCGAAACUCGACAUAGCAAAGGAUCAAAAUCAAAACUUAGUCGGCGACCAGAAACAGGUCUCCGUGCUCGAUGGAACGCCGGAACAGGUACUUAAGUAGAAGUACUUACUGUUACUUACUUCUUGGAUAGAGUUCCAACUUUACUUCGAAUAAUAUUUUCGUUCCUGCAUCGUUGUGAAUGCAGUUCUGAUUCUCCGUACCCUCGUGCUCGUUUGAACAUGGGCGGCGGUGAAGAAAGUUUCAUGACGCUCGUAGGACAAGCCUGCAGCAAAACUUCGCCAGAGUCGGUCUACGUUUACUUGUAUUUCUACAUGUUGACCAUAGAACUAGAAUCCAAACUUCUGUGGAAACAAUCGAAUCCAAACCAGGUUGCGCACGCCAAAAAGAUCAUUGACGACAUGGUUCGAACUGAGAUGGCGAACCGCGCCGGCAACAGUGCUGAUGGGAACAACAACAACAGUGGUUCAUACCAUGAUAACAAAGGCGGCUACUAUGGCAAAGGCGGGAAGCACAGCUACAAGGGUUCUGGCCACGACAAAUACGGGUACGGUGGAAAGGACUGGUACGGUGGAAAGGACCACGGCAAGUACGGCAACAAGGAGUGGCGACCGAAGGGCGGCGAAAACAAGUGGGGGGACAAGGUUCUGACCCCGAGGGAGGGCUCAGAGAUAAUAAUCACGGCGGCCGAGACGAUCGGCAUGCUGAUCGGCAGACAAGGGGAGACCAUCGCGCGGGUGAAGCAGGAAUCCGGGUGCGAGAUCGAAAUCGGGUUACUGGACGGCCAGGAGGACCCGGUGGCGAGCCGGGCUGUGCAGAUCACCGGCGAACCAGCAAACGUCGCGAGGGCAAAACAGACCGUGGAAGAGAUCUUAGUCGAGGCGGCAAACAGAAGUAUUGAUUAUUUAGUAGUUUUGGAUAAUUUAUUGGCGCUGAGAAUCAACACAGACGGCAACGUGAGUGCAUCCACGUGUUGUGGUACUCAGGAGGACAUGAUUCGAGGGUUUUGUGGUAUGGAGUCUAGUUCAGUUGGUACUAGUACAAGUUUUCCAUUCGGAAAAAUGUUUUCCCCUCUAUGAAAAACAAAACAGUGGCUAAGGGCAAGGGGAAGAAAGGAAAGAAGGACCACAAAGGCAGCUACGACAGCAACCCGAACUACCAGCCCCUCGCGCCGCAAGGCAGCCACGAGUAUCCACCGCCACAAGGGUCGCCGCAGGGCACUCCCCCCCAAGGAAGCCCGGUAGCUGCGGUCGACCCCGCGACGGGCCAGCCACUACAAGGAGCAGUUGCCGCGGCUCCGCAACAUCCGGGAUCGGCGCCAAACGGCGUUGUACUAGCACCCCCUCCAGAGCAGCAGCAGCAAGUGCAGCAGCUUAUCCGCCACGAACGAGAGGUUCCCACCGACGUGGUUGGCUUGGUGAUUGGCAGCAAGGGCGAGACCAUUCGGCGGCUACAAGCGGAAUCUGGGUGCCGCAUUGAGGUGGACAAAGCACGCGGGAAGCCGGGAGUCAGCCAGAUUGUGGUGUUCGAGGCCUCCGACAUGAGCUACAUCGAGCGGGGCAUCGCGGCGAUGGACGAGGUUUUGCGACCGGUGGUUGAACAGAAGCGAAAGGAGCAGCAAAUGAACGAACAAAACCAACAACAGUCUAGUGCCAUGGACCGCACGGCGGCGGCGAUUAUGCAGGAACAGCACGCGUAUCAAAUGCAAAAAUGUCUGGGUCUGGAAGAGUGAAAACUUGUCAUGCAGAUUUUCCAUGGCCCAUGAGGUCUGGAAUGCGGGACCUAGCAUGACAGACUCCGCGAGGUCUCUGUCAUGCCUAUCCUGCAUAAGAAAUUCCCUCCCAGCUUGGUCGAAAGUGGGCAGCUUUUGGCACUCAUGCAACACAGAUCUUUGCAUGAUUCGGAUUUAGCAUGACAAGUUGCAAUCUUCCAGACCCAGACAUAUUUGCAAUCCAUAACGCCAUCUUCCAGCAGGAGGAGGACGGCAUGUUCGUCUGCCAUUUCCCGAUAAACGAACAGCAAAUGCUAUGGAAAGCAAAUAAAAAUAUGUCUGGGUGGUCUGGAAACUUGUAAUGCUGAAUGGUCAUGAGUGACUGCGCCUGCAAGAGGAGGGUAGCAUGACAAAUUUUUCUGACGUUUGCUCAUGCUUAGUGCGCAUUACAAACUGCGUUCUUUCAUGCCGAAAUUGUGGCGCUUUUCUUGCUUCUAUGCAACACAGAUUUUCGUGGAAUCCUGGACACGCAAUACAAGUUACACUUUAUUUCCAGACCCAGACAUAUUUGCAAUGCAUAAAUGCACCUGAUUAUCGGCGAAGACAGCGUCACGAUCCGGAAGUUGGGGGAAGACAGCGGCGCAGAACUGUCGAUCGUGCGGGUGGGGACCGACACGGAUGGUAGAGGUUUUUGAGUUUUAUGUUUGCCUUGAUUUGUUAUUGUUUUCAUCGAAGUAGCUUGUCAUCGACAUGAAAAUAAAGGGCUAUUUUUUUAUACUGUACUGCUACUGGAUCUGGAACUGCAAUGUGAGCAGCAACCUCUAUAUCUGUUUUGCCCUUAUUUACAUUAAACAAGAACUACCGCGUGAUCAUGUUGUGUUUAUGCAAAAUUCGAAUUAUCCAUAAGAAAAUUUCGAAAACCAAAACAGAGUACACCUGCAUCAUCAAGGGUAACACACACGAGUCCGUGGAACGGGGCAAAUCUUUAGUUGAGCAGCUUCUAAACCAACACCUCCCCCAGCCGGCGUCGUCCCCCCAGCAAGACCAACAGCAGCCAAACCAGAUGAACGACAAAAACAACAAUAACUUCGGCAAAGGACCACCCGGAGGUGGGAAUAACAACUACCAAAGCCACUACGACAAAGACUCCGGUGGUCAUAAAGGGAAAGGCAAAUACGACCGGUUUGACCGGAAGGGCGGUAAGAACUACAACAAGGACCACGAUAACUACGGUGGGGGCAAAAACCGGCGGCAGAACGAGGAAAAACGCAAACUCUACAUUGACGAGAUGCCGUUCCCGCGCAAACAGGUGCUGGAAAUCCACCCGCAGGAGAUGGAGGUCUUCGUGUCCGUAUGAACUGCAAAAGUAUCGUACUAGUAUGAAUUGCAUUACAAAUUGACCUAGCAUUACAGAUUAAAUUUGUAAUGCAGAUUUUCCUUAACAAAGAGAUUGGUAAUGCAUAAACGCAAUUAGUACGAGUGCGAUACUUUCGCACAGGAUAGUCCGGGAUGCGGACCGACAUCGCGGAGGGGGAUUUGUUAUGAAUUGCAAAUAUGUCUGGGUCUGGAGGGUGGUAACUUGUCAUGGUAAUUCUGAAGCAUACAAAAAUCUGUGUUGCAUGAGUGCCAAAAGCUGGCCCUGGGAGGGAGUUUCUCAUGCAGGAUAGGCAUGGAGGAGACCUCGCAGAGUCUGUCAUGCUAAGCCCCGCAUUCCCGACCUCAUGGGCCAUGGAAAAUCUGCAUGACAAGUUUACACUCGUCCAGACCCAGACACUUUUGCACUCGAUAUUUGUGGAAGUGUUUGUGCGCCAUCGGCGCUUCGGAUGUCGCGGAGAUUUUGUUGUUGAAGGACCCAUACGGAUUGCAAAAAUGUCUGGGUCUGGAAGAUUGCAACUUGUCAUGCUAAAUACGAAUCAUGCAAAGGUCUGUGUUGCAUGAGUGCCAAAAGCUGUCCACUUUCGACCAAGUUGGGAAGGAGUUUCUCAUGCAGAAUAGGCAUGAGAGAGACUUCGCCGACUCUGUCAUGCUAGGUCCCGCAUUCCAGACCUCAAGGGUCAUGGAAACCCUGCAUGACAGGUUCACACUCUUCCAGACCCGGACAUUUCUGGAUUUCAUAACCCGGACAGAGGCGAUGUAAGUAAGGGCAUGGCGUACGUGCUGUUCACGAACCAGCAGCACGCGCUUGCCGCGGUGCAGAAGCUGUCGGAGCGACCGUUGCACGUCGGCGUCGAUGAGAUCGCGACGGACCAGUUGCAGUGUACCAUGUCCGAGUCCGAGCGGGUUUUGCGCGGAAAGGAGGGGACAUACAAGGACGAAUUGAUCGGAAAGUUGAUGGGGAAAAAGGCGGUGCGAAUGCAGGAGAUCCAGUCCAAGGUUGGCUGCAACCGCGCAAUUCUGACCGGGCGGGGUAUGAAGGGAUUCGGCACCACGGACAACUGCACGAGAUUGCAUUUGGUGUUGUGCUGCGACCCGGGGACAACCAUUGACGCGGUGGAAGCCGCUAAACCGAUCUGGCUCGAGCAACUCACCUACGCGUUUCAGGUAUGUUGAGUAGACAUCGCUGAGACUUAGAUAGAAACUUUCACUUACUUUUUCAUGGUGGUGCAACUGGAGGGGUCAAACUCAAAGUCUUUUUCUGUCCAAAACUUGGAGCUCGUCCUCUCAGUUUCCUAUGAUGACCGAAAUCCGAAUCUAUACUCAAGUUGCUGAACAAAGCUUGUGGUGUGGAAAAAACGAAUUUGCACGUCAGUCUGAAAAAUCUGUAGCUUCAUGCACGGAAAAGAGCAAGACAAAAUGCAUCACAGAUGAAGUCGCAUGCGCAAUACAAAUUCAUCAAAAACUACUUCUUUCACACAGGACCCUCGCGACGAUCCGCGCAACCAGCCAUAUAGCCACCAACCACCCCCUUCCGGCGUGUUCAUUCCACCCGGCGCUCCCGGCGGCCCGCCGCUGCAACCGGGUCAGCAGCCUCCUGGUUCAAUGCAGCCGCCCCACGGCGGACCCCCGCCUGUCCAGCAGCAGCACCCGCAUGGGCAGCCGAUGCAACAGCAGCACGGUGGACCCCCGCAGGUGCUCGCACCGCCCGGUCACCAGGGCGGUCCGCCGCCGGCGCAUAUGGGAGCAGGACCACCUGGAGGACCACAGCAACCCCCAGGUGCUGGAUAUGGCGUUCUCAAAUGUUACAUUCUCAACUGUUACAUGAAUUUGUGAUGCAAGAAUGGCAAAAGUGAUAGGGGGGAUCUUACGCGUCUUGCAUGACAGAUUUGGCACCCAUUAUCAGCCUGCUCGGCCCUCUGAGAAUUUGUCAUGCGAAGCAGCUUGAUGGUGUCGUGCUCGUGUCGAUUCUGAAGGCAAUUUUGCAUGACAAAUUCAUGUAACAGUUGAGAGUGUAACGUUUGAGAACGCCAUACUGGAGGUCCACCUCCACCUCCGCAUGGGCAGUUGAUCCAACCCCCGCCCGGGCACCAUAUCAAAUGCAAAAAUGUUUGGGUCUGGAAGGGCGCAGCUUGUCGUGCUAAAUCUGGAUCAUGAAAAAAUUUGUGUUGCAUGAGUGCCAAAAGCUGUCCUCUUUUGACCAAGUUGGGAGUGAGUUUGUCAUGCAGGAUAGGCAUGAUACAGAUCUCACAGAGUCUGUCAUGCUAGAUCCUGCAUUCCAGUCCCCAUGCGUAAUGUUGAACCUGCAUGAGAAGUCUUGCACUCGUCCAGACCCAGACAUAUUUGCAUUUGAUACACCAUCCCCCGCACCCACACCAACUCCCGCCCGGAGCGCAGAUCAUCCAGGGUCACCCGCCUCCUCCGGGCAGCCACCCCACCCCGCCCGGUGGCCCGCACAGCACGAUAAUCCACGGCGGACCACCACCACCGCACAUCCUCGGCGGGCCACCACCACAGUACGAGCAGUACGGGGCGGGAGCUGCCGUGGUUCCGCCGCCAGGAAGCGCCGGGGCUCCACACAAUGUGCACUACGGCCAGCAGCCGCCCAUCGGUGCGCCGCCCGGAGUGCAACAGCAGCAGCCACAGGGUGGUGCGGUCAUGCUGGAUGAGAAGUUUAAGAUCCCGCUGCUCAUCAAGCGGAUCGACACGGAAUUCCCCGUGGAAGUGGAGAUUCCGGGGAAUCAUGACGAGGAAGAGGAAGAUAUCCAUGGUGAAAACGUCCUCACUUGUAGUUGUUCCCCAGACGAGUGGUUAACAGCAUGAUUUGGAUUGAGAUUGCAUAUACAGUUUUGCAUGAAAUGCUGUUUCAGUUCACAGGGUAGUUGUUGUAGAAAGCAAUAGCUAGUGCAGCUGCAUUGUAAAUCAAAAUCAAAGAGUCUGGUUUCCUGAUUCUAGCAUGAGCAUGAGGAGCUUCCAGAUUGAUAGAAUUUGAAACUGCUCCUCAGGAGGCAGCUGUGCAUGAGAAACAGUGAUAUAGGCCGCGUGCAGAUAAAUUUGCGCGGACAAGUCGGGGUUGGAUGGACUAGGAGUUGAGGACAUUUUUCCACUUGAUACAAGAGGAUGAGAACGAAAAUUCCUCCGGCGAGAAUGACGUUGACAUGAACAAUGCAAACCCGGAUGAGGCGAAAACCGAGAAGCCGAAGAAGAGGAAAAAGAGAACUGCCCAGUACGAAACCAAGAUUGUGACGAAGAAGUAUUGCGAGGCGGUUGCCUAUGGAUGUGUCAGGUUUGACAUCGUCAAAGUUGAAAUAGUUUGCCAUGCAUAAAACGGAUACCAGUUAGACCUACAGUUUGUAGUCGGUGCAUGACAAAUUUUCCCGGUCCUGGAAGCGAGUCUGUCAUGCGAUUUAGGGCAAAGGAGCUGCCUUCUGUCAUGCUAGUUAGCAGUCCAACUUUUGACCCUUACCAGGACUAUAAUCUGCCUCCCGUGGGUCCUCUGCAAUAGAGUCACUUUUUGUGUCGCAUUUUAUGCAUUACAAAUUAUUUCAACUUUGACGAUUUCAAACCUGACGCUUCCAUAUUGCGUUAGUCGGUUCCGAGCUCCGCUGGCAGCAGUGGUGCGACACCAUUGGGGGGGAGAACUGGAAGGCGUACCCCCUCCGGUGGGGCAAGGAAGGCCAGUUGUUUGUCAUCUUGCAGCACCGAACCACGGGGGCAAUCAAGCUCUGCGUGGUGGAGGAGAAACUCCCCUGCGAGCAGUGGAAAACGGUGGUCGCGCCGCCCGUGGAACUGUUCUCCGCGGUGGAUAUCCCAAAGAAAAAAGCUGGCAGGUCAGAUUUGUCAUGCAAAAAUAAAUAGACAAAGCAAUCUGGCUUGCAUUUCCGAAACAGCAUGCUAUGGCGUUGCCCAUGACAGAUUUUUCCGCGUAUUUAUGUUUGCAUUACAAAUCUGCCCUGCCCGCUUUUUUCUGUGUGAUAGUGGACUGCCACUUCAAACCCUUCAACAUUGACGGGAAAUCCUACCUCGCCUGCCUGGACCGGCCCAACAAGAAGCUGAUCAUGUACAAGAUCCGGGACCCGAACGAGGCGUGGGAAACCUGCUACCAGGCGCUGCUGCAGGAUAUGGCGCUCUCAAGCAUUACAUUUUCAACUGUCACAACAUGAUUUGGCAUGCGGAAUUCUCAUGAGUAUCUACAUCAUCAAGCUGCUUCGCAUGACAAACUUCCGAAGGGCUAAGCAGCAUCUAAAUCUGUGCCAUGCCUGUAAUGCAAAUGGCGCACUCUUCACCCUUGCACUUUUGCCAUUCUUGCAUUACAAAUCCAUGCAACCGUUGAGAAGGUAACGUUUGACAACGCCAUACAGGACGAAGGCAAUGAAGACUCCAUGGACUUCUCGCAGCACGCGAAAAUCUAUGAGAGUGCACAAGAACCCCCCUCCAUUUCUCAUGCAAAAUCCCAAACUCAAUUGCUUCCUUGCGUCACUAUUAUGCAUGACAGAUUCCGGCGGAAGCCCAAACAGUACUGCGCGGGGUGCGUAAGUUUGUCAUGCACAGGCACCACGUGUGCUGGUGUUUGUAUUGCUGUUCAUGCCAUACAAAUGAGAGAGAGGGGGAGUUCUUAUGCACUCUCAUAAAAUCCACAUCUUCUACUGCCCCGCGACCAGGAAGCCCUACGCUAUCGUGCACGACCGGGUCCAGGCGGUGCCCGACGCCGCGUCGACCAACCCGGCGGCCUCGAGGGCCAACGCGAAGUCCAGCCAGAAAUUCUACAACGCCGCGGAACUGUACGAAAUUCACUCGGCACGGGAGAAGUGGAAGCGGGUGGACCGCUCCCAGUUCGGCUCGGCGAACGGAUUGCCCUUACCGCAGACGAAGUUCCGCAUCUGGCCCGUUUACAUGAGAACGAACAACCCCAAUCCGGCCGCCUACGCGACGAAAAACGGGGCGAUCCCCAUGGAGCUGUCGAUCGAAGUUUUUCUUUUCUGCAUGGACAUUGAGCAGAAAGAGCUGCGGAUCAUCUACAUCCCGCGGGAGGGCGCGGCGGACAACGAGUGGCACAUUGUGGCGAGAAAGAGUUUCGCGGCGGACACGAGAUUAUCGAUGUUGUACAUCGCUGGGAAGCCGGAGCCCAUGUGUAUGAGCUUGUCGUCCGCGAGCAACCAGGCCUGCUUGUUCAAGGUAAACAUUAAUAUCAAUGUUGAAACUUUUACUUUGUGAUGCACUCACUCACAUAAGUUGUCGACUUUGUCAUGUGAAAAUGCACAGCGAAUCUAAAUCUAAAAACUACCUCAAAGGUCCACCUCCACCUAGUGAUCCCACCGAUUGGUCGCUCCGCGAAAGACGUCCCCAUUGCGCACAGACCAAUUUUGGAAGAGCUGUUUCGACGGAACACAGGGGAACUAUUGAUGGGCCACCCGGCAUACAACCCGCAACAGCCCAACAAGUACCGGCAUCAGCUCAUUCCGGUGGACACGAGCGCGGAUUUAGCCUGCAGUCAGGCCCAUCCGUGGAUCUCCCAGCCCAUCAAGGUAUGAUAAAUCUGUUGUGUAGUAGUUUCUACUGGUGAUAGACUCUCAGCACCUUGUUGCUACAACAAAAUUUGGCCUCAACACAAAUGCGGUCAAUUCAAUUAUUGAAUAGCGCACUAUAUCCCUGCUGGUCCUCCUCUGCGUUCGUCCUCCCUACAGCUAAGACUACGUGGUUAUCGAUUUUGAUUUUUGUCCAAUUAUCCAUAUAUCAGGAAUCCGCCCUACCUCGCAUUCCCACCGCAAGCACCGCGCCACCGGGAAGCACCAGCCCAACCAAGGCCGGCCUCACCCUCACCCGCGGCCCCUUCGGCGACAGCAAGGACGCCGCAUCGUCGGCGAGCGAAAGUGACGAUGAGAAGGAAAGGAGUAAAGACAAGAACGACGGAUCGGAUGCCGAGGGCGGGGACGAUAAGGAGAGGGGGGAUGAUGACGUCGACAUGGACAAAAAGGGCGCGAAUGACGAGGAAGCAGCCGCCCCCGGAACAACAGAAAGAAAAAAAUCUAGCGCGGUUGGUCAGCAGGACACAGACAGUCUGCCGUUUGAAGUGUCUCCGUUUGAAGACGACCAGGGGGAGAAGGGGCCUUUUGGCGCGGUGAAAAGGGAAAAUCCAUUCGACGACGGAAAGUACCACAUCGGAGACUUGGUGGAGGGAAAUUUCAAGAGACAGGGGAAAUGGUAUACUGAUUUUAGUAGUGCGCUUUGUUCAACAUCAACAGAAAGGUUUAUUUCGAUACGUAAAUAGUACACCAUGACCAUGCGACGACGACGACCUCCUGCUUUACCAAAUUAUCAGAAGGAAUGAGAGCUGUCGUCCGACUGUCGUGCUGUGUCAUCGCUCUACCAGAAGACUAAGAUCUCUUGAUAUUUCUACGCGUCAUUCCAGCGGGCAUUCUGGCUUGAUCGAUAGCUGAUUGCCUUCCUUUUUUAGCUGGCGCUAAAGCAAAUUCUACCCAGUUUGAGCCGCGUUUCCUCUGUGACAAAGUCACAGAUUUUAGUGGGAAUCCGGUAUAGGUCGGAGAUACAAUGGCUUUUCCUCUAUAGAUUAUGUACUGUAGCUGCGAGAAGAAUUCAGUGCUGCGAAACUUGUUCCGUGGUCGUUUAUUUUGACGUCGAGGUCAUCCUGAUCCGACCCUGAGUGACGAAGGAAAAAGUACGUGCAAUCCAUACUUCUAAAUAUCAACCUUACAUAUUACAUCACAGGUACGUCGCCAAAAUAACCGGCAUUUCCAGCAACGGCAACUACCAUCUGGAUUACGAGGGCGACUCCUGGACGGAAUCCGAUAUCUGGCCGCAGAAUAUUCGACCGCUUUCCCUGAAAAACGCGACUUUCAACAGCUGGCGCGGUCCGAAAGAUGUGAUGAUGAUCAGGAACGACCUGGUCGGGUUGAUUAUCGGGACGAAAGGUUCGACCAUAAAGGAACUCGAAAGGGACAUGGGCGUGAAGAUCUUCAUCAAAGAUUCUCUAGAUAAAGAUGGGAACUACAACGCAAAGUCAUCCUACAAUUCCGGAGGUUUUAAGGGCGGUAGGAAAGGAAAGGGGAAAGACGCGGACCCGGAUAACCCAAAUAACAUGCCGAUAGGCGGAGGUAGUGGUGAUAAGGACACUAGUGAGAAGGAAACGGAUCCGGACAACAUCAAGGAGAAAAAGCCGGACGAGAAAGAAGUGCAGUUGAUCGCGGAAGACGCCGAAUCUUGCAGGCAUUGUCGGGACAGAAUACUGUCGAUCGUCGGGUCGGCGGAGGAAAAGCACGCGGAAGAGAGGAAAAGAAGAGUAAUAUAUAAAGCGUUUGGAUUUAUUGGAUUUCAGUACUGUUGGUGACGAUGAUUUGUCAUCUUGUUGAACCAGAAAAAACGUGACUGAGAUGGUGAAGAUGAUUAGCUGCGUGUGUACUACUUUUACUAAAAUCUAAAUCUUGGUCUUCACUUCGAUUUGUCCUCGUGGCAAUAGAUCGUCCAUUACAGCGUCUAUAUUGACAUAAUUGAAUUGCCAAACUUCUCAGGAGGAGCUGGAGGCCAAACGGCGGGAGGAAGCGGAGGAGUACGAGCGGCGGAAAAAGCGAUCACGCGAACGCAGGAACGCCAACUACGACAGCUAUCAGGGCCAGCACUCCUACGAAAAGGACAGCUACAAGGACCGGGAACAACAUCAAGAUCGCGCUGGCAGCAACUAUCCGGAGGCGAAGCGCAGACGGCAAAACGCAUCCUCCCCCGGGGACCACGAGAACAAUGAGACCACGCGAGGACGAAGGGAGGAGAGACACCGCGAUCACCGCGAGGGGGAGAAAACAGGAGACAGGGACCGAGACCGAGAGCGGCAAAGAACUACGGGCGGAGAGAGUGAGCGGGCGGGAAGAGGAAGGCGAGGUGGGGGAAGGUAGGCGCGUGGCCCAGGAGGAGUCUUCUCGUUUCACAACCAGGAAGAACAAACCACUUGUCAUCUUCAGGGUAGACGAGGAAGACUAGAAGUGGUCCAUCCUCUAAAAAAAGCGAGCGACAAGCUAUUGGUUAUCCUCCGCGAGCAGGGCAGAUAAAGAUUUUUUGUCAAAAUGCGACGUAGAACAAUGUCCUUGAUGUACUAGUUUUUAAACCUGUGAAUGUCACAAAAAUCGUAAAUACAGUUUUCUUUUUAUCGGGCGAGGGGUUGAUAAACUUAUUUGGGAAUACAGCUGAGAUCGAGAUGGGAUCUUCACGAGGUAAAGUUCUUGCGUGAAAGGACGAGAAAUACAGCGACAUACAAACUUUAACUUUCUAAAUCCUCUAAACGCCAGUAUAAAGUUUCAUAGACGUACCGUCCUUUCGCCUCGGUCGUUCUAUCUCUCAUGUAGUUGUUCCAAGAAUGGUUUAGUUUUCAAAAGCAUCGCGCGGCCUUUUCCUCUUUUUAAUGAUACAUCGCAACGCAGGAGGCUAACUGCGAUUCCUCAAGUAAUUUAAUGUAUAAGACAUCGUUUUGCCUUGUCGACGGCUACACAGGCAAACCUUCCGAGGGGCUACAGCACCAUCCCAAGAACGAACAGGAUAUAAAGAGUGCGUUCAACUUUUUCUUCUUUCCAGCAUUCACAAAAAAGAACCUUUGAAUCAAGAACACACGACGAGUUGAGGAUUUUAUUUCAUCCAAGCACCACAUGAACAGAUUUGACAGCAGCAAGCAAGAUACCUGGAUUCACUGUGCCAUAUUGCCGAGAAUAAUACAGCAGCGCGGCGCAUGGCGGCCGAUCGAGAAGGCUAGCUUGUUCUUGC